CUCUCGAGAUUAAACAAACUUAACCAAAAGUGCGCAGAUAAUAUCUCUUACAUUUUCACCGAUAGACUUUCAAGGCAAAAUCAAGUUUUAACGAAAUGUCUGAAGACAAAAUUCUCGAGCUUCAACGAUUCAAAGCGUCUCAAGAUCUUAUACGAGCUCGACAAUCGUCUAAGAAGCGGCAAUACGGAUUGCUGAAAAAAGCAGAGCAACUUCGAAAGGUGGCGAAAUUAGAUGUAGCCAUGAUUAUAUUCGAUCCAGAUUCUCAACAAUAUUGUAUCUAUAGAUCAAAGGAUGAUGAUUCUUGGCCGCCUCCAAUAAUGGAAAUUGUACGUAUAUGUUCUGCUCCGUCAUGAAAAAUUUAGUCGAUUAAUUAACUUCAGAAAAAUUUGAGCAUCUCAAUCAACUACUUGCCUGGAGAUUUCGAAGUGAAAGACAGCAAUGCAACUUCAGUCGACGAAGAUCCAUGUCCUGGGAAGAAGCGACGAAACAAAAUUCCUGACAUCUCUCUGAAGCGGAAAAAGGCGAAGACCGAAAAUUUUGAUGCAGGACACGGAUCUAACCCAUCACCGCAACAUCAUGAGAAGACUGAAAUAUCACAUGAAACAUCUCUUGUUACUCCAAGAUCUUUCGUCGAGGAAUUGGAUGAAUCCGUCCAAGAUACGCCGCCUGCUUCAAUGAUGUUAGAGGGACAAUUUGGAUCUUUGGAUAUUAGAAACAGACUGGAUUCGCCGGAUUGUGCUGGCGUCGGGCAAUCACAUCAACUAUCUCCUGCUCUUGGGUCGUCUUGUAAAGCAUCGGAUAACUCGUCUUGCCGCCUGCUCUCCGCGGUGGUAGCUCCGGAAGGUGAAUUGGAUUAUUUUACACAAGAUCCACCUUAUCCUAUGUCACACGUUUCCCUUUGUCGAUCCUCUAGUGAUCUAAACUCAUCUGAACCAUAUUCCACUUUGCGGGAGCAGGAGCUAAAAGAUUCAUUAUCGCUACCACCCAUACCAGAUUUGCCAGAAUUUUUGAGGAGUCGACAUUUGAUAAGACGGCAUGAUUAACGCCAUCACCGACUUAUGAAUCUCCAAAGCUUUGAGUAAGUUUCUGGAAAUAUUAAGUCAAUCAAGGAAUUCUAGGGGAUUCGAUCAACAAGAUGACAUUUUGAGGAUGGUUGGAGGGAACAGAU